AUGAAGUCUGCAGCAAUCGAUUUGUCCCGACACAUUUCGUUACAAAUUGGAGCUCUCAAACUGUUCGAAAUAUGGUUUUACAUACCGCACAACAUGAAGGAUGUCCGAUUUUGGGUCUGUAUUUGGACGAGAAUAGUUUUGGGCAUCGCCGUGUUUGUUAUACCGACGGGCAGCCAACUUAUUUAUGCAGUGCGCCUGAUAAUGUCAGGGAACGCUGAAAUACAGGAGGUGGCCGGAAUCAUUAACUUGGUAUUGACCGAACUGCUGGUCUCCCUGAGGCUCUUAGAUUUGAGUUUGCGUCGGCAUCUGCUUUCACAACUCGCUGAACAGCUGAAGAGCGAAGAAUUCCAGUUCCAUUCGCCAGCGCAGAAGAGAAUUUUAGAAAAAGCUGUGGAAUCUUCUAGAAGAUUGUUUUGGAUAUUGCUCUGUAGCUGUAGUUCUGAUGUGCUUGUACACGUCGUGGUGGUGCCGGCUUUGCAUAAUUUCCAAACUCUACCUCUGAAGAUGGAUCUUGUGUACUUAGACGUUGAUAAAGAAUCGUAUUUCAAUUAUUUAUGCGCUUAUCAGAUAUUGUACAAACCUAUGAUGCUGGCAACAUUCACAGCGCUCCAAACAUUACCAUGGGCCACCAUGACUUGCGCAAUCAGCCAAUUGGACGUUUUAAUUUAUAACUUAGAGAACAUAAGAGACCUUGUAAAAACUUCUGUGGCUGAAAAGCAGUGCACUGAAAAUGAAGCAUUCAGAGACAUUUUCAAAGACUGCGUUCUCCACCACUGUUCCAUAAUAAGAUUUGUGAACACAAUACAAAAUGUGUUCGGCGGACAGUUAUCGGCAACAUUGUUUUUGAGUACUGGUAUUUUGGGAACAACUGCCGUACAAAUAUUUUCGAUUGAAUCUCCAUUGAAGAACUUAACGGAAGUUAUAUGGGUUCUGGCUUACCUGUCAAUUUUCAUAUGUAACCUAUUCAUUGAUUGUUACUUUGGAAACACUAUCACUGUAAAGAGUAUGCACGUCUCAACGGUAAUAUUUUCUUGUCCCUGGAUUGAGCUACCAACGACUGUAAAGAAGAAUCUGGUUAUCUUCAUAGCAAAGACUCAGAGACCGCUUGUCAUAACUGCGGCGAAGCUCGUCCCUGUGUCCCUGGAGACCUUCACCAAGGUUAUGAAUUGGACUUACAAGGCUUUUGCAGUCAUGAAUCAAAUGAAGAAUUAA